GUGGAAGAGACAAUAACGUUCUCCCCUAGAUAGAGCAUCGUUGUGGAGCCCGCUAUAAAAACUGCCAUCCUGCCCAAGUUAGCAAAUAGGCGACAGGCACUGUUGGAAAUAACAAGUUCAGUCGUGACAGGAACGUUUUCAUCAUCUGUCCUGUUUUGGGAAACGUUGUGGUGAAGCUAAGAAAACUAUGGACUCUGAUACCAGUCGCGUGUCCAGCAGACCAUCCUCCCCAGAGGUGGAGGAUAUUUUCCUUUCCGCGAGAAAGACAGGAGGCUUCUCCGGCACCGUCUCCUCCACGCAGAGCGACUCCCCUCCGGAGCUGAGCGCAGACUUGAGGAGCCUCUCCAGCAAUGACGAGGACGCGCUCACCAUGAAAAUGCUCUCGAAGAAAGACCGCAAGCUGCUCUCAGAGCAUGAGCUGCAGACAAUGCGACUAAAGAUCAACAGCCGCGAAAGGAAAAGGAUGCACGACUUGAACAUAGCCAUGGAUGGGCUACGGGAGGUGAUGCCUUAUGCUCACGGCCCGUCGGUGCGCAAGCUUUCUAAAAUUGCCACUCUUCUCCUUGCAAGAAACUAUAUCCUGAUGCUGAGUAAUUCGCUGGAGGAAAUGAAGAGGUUGGUGGGUGAAAUUUACGGUACCGGUCACCACAGCAGCUUCCAUCCCUCUGCUUGUGGGACCAUGACGCAUACAGGUCCCCUGCCCGGUCACCCGGCGGUCUCACACGCUUCCCACCCAGUUCAUCACCCUUUGCUCCCGCCGCCGGUCUCCACCGCUGCUUCUCUCUCCGCACCCGGCAUCUCGGCAGUGAACCCGGUCAGACCUCACCACGGACUUCUCAAAGCCCCGUCUGCCAGCGCGGGCCCCCUCGGCAGCAGCUUCCAGCACUGGGGCACAGGGAUGCCCUGUCCUUGCAGUAUGUGUCAGGUGCCCCCUGCACACGUAUCGGGCAUUAAUGCCGUGAGCAUGUCCAGACUGGCGACCGACUCAAAAUGACUUAAAGGCCCACUGUAAAGCAACGGGUUCAAGAACUUUCUUGCUGAUAUCCGAUUGUAUAGAUACUAUUGAUGUGUCUCAGUUUACUUCAACACACUGAUUGAACGAUCCGUUGUAAAGUGACUAUAGGUCAACAAAAAUGAAUGGUGAGCUAGAUUAAAUAAUGGUUAAUUUAGUUUUUUAAUAAACCUUCAAUGGGCGUUUUUAAGAAAAUCAAAAAUGUAGAAUGCUUCAAACAUCCAUGCUACUUUCAUUGCGUCACCGUAAAAAUCAGACACUGGAUGGAUUUAAAGAAAACAAAAAAUGAUUAGACGAUAUGAACUAUUGGUAAAACACUAUUGUAGAUCACAGUUCAAAUACCAUUUUAACAUGGCGUAAUUCAUGUUUUUAAAACGUAAGCUCUAACGUAGCCAUCAUCUUAUAACUUUCACGUUAGUAUCCCUUAUACGCAUCUCUUCGAUAAUUUCAUUUCACUCCGAAUUACAGAAAAUGUCAUUUACAUGUAAAUAUGUAGAUCUCUAAUUUUGUUUAUAUAGUACGAAAGAUUUUAUAUUAGACUUUGUCAAUGUGUUUGGGGUGACCUCCGGGCUCUGACGUUCUUACUUCUGCUUGAAACGCGCUAUUGUUAUAUUAAGCAUUACAGUACUGGUGACAACACUUACUCUUACCUGCCUUUUCAUCUUUCUGUAACUGGUCCGGUCCCAUUUAGUCUCUCACAGAACCCAGGGUCGGGAUGAAGUUAAUACAGUGUUUUACUCGUUGGUGUUUUCUUUUUCUUUCUUUUUUGCCAAACAUGUGACUGUCACUGCCAGACGUAAAGAAUUAUCAUCUCUUUAUUUUUGUAUGAAAACUGCUAAAUGAUAUUUAUUUACUUAUUUUACUGGGAUUUGAAAUGAACGAGUGAUACUAUGUUGGCAUUUUAAAUGUUAAUAAAGAGG